GCCACGUUCUCCCCCAGCCGGUGGCCUCGUCCCAGCGAGGGAGCGACUGCGGGGGAUCUGGUUUCCUGGUCCCGGGGGUGGGGAGAGGGAACGGGAGCCGGUGGCCAGUGGCAGGACGGGGCGGCAAGCGGCAUGUUCUUCCUCUUCCGCGGGCCGCAGCGGCGGGGCGCCGGCAGCCCCACGCCCCCCAGCUACCGGGGGGGCUCCUCCUCCCAUGGCCCCGGUAAGCGGGGUGCCCGCCGCCGCUGCCCAGCCGUGCAGCUCAGGGGGCAGCUGGGCACCCCGGUGAGCUGGCCCAGCCAUGGUGGCGCGUCACCCCUGGAGCAUCGCUGGGCCACUGAGGAGCCGGGCCCAAAGCUGCCCCCUGCUUUCGGGCAGCCACGGCCGCCAUCGCAGCCCCCCCGGGGCCAGGCAUGCCCAGCCAUGGGCAACUGCACCAAGACCCCUGAGCGGAGGCUCCCCAAGGAUGGGAAGCCGCACACCAGCCCCCCGGUCCCCGGGGACCCCGAGGAGGCGGGGGAGGUGGUGCAGACCCCCCCGUUGCAGAGCUACUCGGUGCUGCAGGGGCUGGUGGGGCCAGCCUGCAUCUUCCUGCGGCAGAGCAUCGCCAUCACCCAGCUGGACCGAGAGCUGCGGCCCGAAGAGAUCGAAGAGCUGAAGCAGGCCUUCCGGGAGUUCGACAAGGACCGCGACGGCUACAUCAGCUACAAGGACCUGGGCGAGUGCAUGAGGACCAUGGGCUAUAUGCCCACCGAGAUGGAGCUCAUCGAGCUGUCUCAGCAGAUCACCGGGGGGAAGGUGGAUUUUGACGAUUUCGUGGAGCUGAUGGGCCCCAAGAUGUUGGCAGAGACAGCGGACAUGAUCGGGAUCAAGGAGCUGCGCGACGCCUUCCGCGAGUUCGACACCAACGGGGACGGGCAGAUCAGCAUGGCGGAGCUGCGGGAGGCCAUGCGCAAGCUGCUGGGGCAGCAGCUCAACUACCGGGAGGUGGACGAGAUCCUCAAGGACGUGGAUCUCAACGGGGACGGCCUGGUGGACUUCGAAGAGUUCGUGCGGAUGAUGUCGCGCUGAGGGCGGCACGUGCCAAGACGGGACCCGAGCCCCCCGCCGUGCCUUACCGAGAGGAGAGGGGGCCGUGGAGGAGACGCCCGGCUCCCGGUGGCUGCGGUUGUGGCCGUACCGGCACAACGCCGGCGCCUGAGCCCGGGACGAGGCCCUCAGAGGCUCUCAGACCAUCGGCUGCCGAGGUCCAACCCCAGCGUGGGGGUGCCGGGGGCUGAUGCCGGGCCCCUUUUCGGCACAGACAUCGGCUGAGAUCACCCUGAUCUCCGCUAUCUCCUUCUCUCCACCCUGCAGCAUCUCCCUUCCCACCCCAAAAUUCCCAACACACCGCUCCCCUGCCCUCCAGCCCUGCCGGCCCGUCCCUCCCACCUCCAUUCCGACCCCCCAUAUCCAACACCGAGCCCCUCCGGUGUCCCCCGUCACCACGGUGUGAGCUCAGACCUACCCCAGACCCUGCUCUGUCCUGCCCGGCGCGGCUCCAGACGGCCCCUGGCACAGGGAAUACUCCUCAGGGCUCCGGUCGGGACACCCUCGGGGAAAAAAACCGGGAAUAAAGCGUUACCGUUCUCCGCCCGGUAAUUUUUGCAUCCUCCGAGUGAAGGAAAUCGUCUGCUUCCCAGUUUAUGGGGCAUCUGAACAAAUUUAUUAUAGUUUUUUUUCAAUCUUUGCCCUUCGGAAAUGAAAAACUCUCUCGACGGACUGUGGUUUGUCCUUUGGUUUCAAUAGAAUCCACUUUGUCUCACGCUUGAAGUGAAAAAAAACCAGCUAGGCAAAAGUCAUUAAUUUGGGAAACGUUUGAAAAUCCGGGCUGAUUCCGCGCUAGACAGGCUUUGUGCCCCUCACAGGUGAAUUUUGCCUAUGGAUAAAACAAGGAAUUCGGUGCAAGUCGUAGGAUGCUGGUUUUUGAGUCAGUGGGUAUUUUCUAUGGGGAAUAAAGUUUGGGAGUUCUCUAUUAAUGGAUCCGAGCUUUGUUCAAGGCAAUCUUUGAUUACUUUUAUUGUCUACCCGCUGAGUAUUUUAAAUCACCGACGAAGAAGCAGGUACCGGCGCGGAGCAGUUCAGCAAAGCCGUUUGAAAAUCGCUUUUUCCAUCUUUCUUUGCCCUUUAGAAAUGAAAAGCUCUCCCUACGAAUUUUUAUUUGUCCUUAUGUUGAGCUUAAAGAGAAUGUGCUCGCCGCCCUUCCCUCCGCCACGUCUCUGUUCGCUGAUUAGUGAUAAUUUUGACGAUGGUAAAUGUUAGUUUUAAAUUUGGGAAAUUGCCAUUUGAUGGGUAGGUAUUUCGAAGGAAAUCGAAGUCUUCCUAAAAAAAAAUACAUUUAUCUUGUGUUAAAGAGGUACAACAACC